AUGGUGUGGAGAACAUUACUCUACAAAGUUUUAAUCGAAUCGAUCAUUAAAGUGGCUCUAAUCACCAUUGCAAACGCACAGCAAUUUGACAUAGGACCUUGCAAUUUUUACUUCAGAGAACCAUGCUCACCGGAAGUGAUUAAAUUCUUUCUCUACACCAGUGACUACCCCAAUGAAGCUCCGAUUCUGCUGGACACCUAUGAUCCAACAGUACCCUCCUAUGUUAACCUAACACAUCAGACUAAGUUGAUCGUUCCGGGUUACGCGGAAAAUAUCUACUUGAAUGAAACAAAAUGUAUUCGUGAUGAGUACCUUAGGCAGUCCCAUACAAAUGUACUAGUAGUAGAUUGGCUUUCCCUCACCAAACUUCCGUGCUAUGCUUCGGCGGUAUUUAAUGUUAAACAUGGGGGCGAGUGCACAGCAAUUUUCCUCACAGCUCUGCAGGUUAAUUAUCCCGAGUUCAGCCUAAGGGAUGUGCACGUUAUUGGAUUCAGUUUGGGAGCACACUUGCCCAGUUUCGUCAGCGAUGCCCUAAAGCAGUCUAUUGGCGUGCAGUUGAUGCGGAUUACGGGCUUAGAUCCUGCCCUUCCAUUGUUUCGAGUUGCCAACAAACGAUGGAAGUUGGAUCCAACGGAUGCCGAUUUCGUUGAUGUGAUUCACACAAACAACGGAUUUUUCGGGAAAUAUGAGGUGUGCGGUCAUGCUGAUUUCUACAUUAAUGGUGGACAACGACAGCCUAGUUGUAGGAAGCAUUCAUUUCCAGCUCGCUGCAGUCAUUUGCUAGCGCUGACUUACUUCACCGAAUCAAUUUCCAGUCCAGUUGGCUUUUGGACGACACCGUGUAAUAGUUAUUUCGAGUAUGUCUUUAGUUUGUGUCGGUACGAUACCGAUUUUGACAAUGAUAGCAACAAUAAAACGCAAAUCCUAAUGGGUGAACAUUGUCCAAGCAGGUGA